UGUUAAAGCACGAAAUGGUAGCCUCGAGAAAUGAGGAAGGUGCAUUAGCGAGUCGCAAAGUUUCUGACUCCGACGGCCGUACAUAUGAGGUCGCCACUAUGCAGAUAGCGCAUAACUAUGUCAUUUGCGAUCUAUGCAAUUUUCGACUACAAUAAGACGCAACAUAAAACCAAUCCAAUGUUAUGUCCGUCAAUUCUCAACUAGCCAUUCUCAUCUAGCUCGUCACCGAAAACAGCGCCAUUACGAUGUUCUUCAAGUGCGUGAAAACGCCGAUCAAAAAACGAUCAAAUCCCAGUACUACCGGCUAUCCAAACUAUACCAUCCAGAUCUCAAUCCCGGCAACAAAGAUGCACAUAAGAAAUUUCUAGAGGUCAAUGAAGCAUAUGCGGUAUUGGGAUCUGCAAGUAACCGGCGGCAGUACGAUAUGGAGAAUGACCAAAUGUCGUCUUCUCCAAGUAGUCCAGGAAUUCGGCGCACGAGUCCAGCUGCAUCUUGGAACUUCAAACCAAGAGCUCCCAGAAAUACCGGAUCUUCCAGUGCACAAGCGCAAGCGGAAGGAUUUAAAUCGACCAAGUCAGAAAAUUUCAAUUACAAUGAGUGGCAUGCUCGUCACUACGAAGCUGAAGAAAAACGGCGACGCGAGAGGCUAGCUAGACGGCAACAGCGAGAUAACGAAGAUGAAAAAGUGCAUCCGGACAGCACAAUGUGGUCUAGAUUUUGGAGAAUGGGAGGGAUUAUUGUCGGAAUCAUGUAUCUAACAAAUCGAGCAAGAGAACUAAAUGAGAAACCGGAAAACAAGCCUGUUGAUGCGACCUUGCGCAAAACUUAUUGAUAUGGACGGCUACAAACAGAUGUAGAUAAUACCGCCGUCCAGUAUUUUCCUCAAGAGCAAUACGGAUAUCUCUUUCAGCAUUUGUGAAGCAUUCAAGCUAAAGGUGCUCAUUUCAGUUAACAGCAUAUGAACCAGAGGAGGUUGAAUGUUAUACCUGCUGUCAUACCCGCUUAAAGUAUAUAUACACGGAGACAUGCGAAGUUCAAAUUACG